UGUAGUUUAUUGUAACACGUGGAAAUCAACAGCGGACUGCAAGACAGCUUUAUUUCUUUUUAUUUACAGUAAUACGAGGCUCCGGGAGUAAUCGUUCAAAAUGGUUAAGGCAAAAUUCAAGGGGAAGAGCUCCAUAAAUACCUCAAACUCCAGUAGUAAUCCCGACCGAGUCAAGGGAGCUGGAGGAAACAACAUGAGGGACCGAGCCACUAUAAAGCGCCUGAAUAUGUACAGACAGAAGCAGAGAUGUAACAGUCGAGGUAAAGUCAUCAAGCCUUUGCAGUACCAGAACACAGUUGCUCCUGGAACUGUGGCAAGAGUUGAGCCCAACAUCAAGUGGUUUGCCAACACACGAGUCAUCAAGCAGUCGUCCUUGCAGAAGUUUCAGGAAGAAAUGAAUGCAGUGAAGAAAGAUCCAUACCGAGUGGUCAUGAAACGGAGCAAACUUCCAAUGUCCUUGCUGCAUGACCGGAUAAAGGCACACAACUCCAAGGUGCACAUUCUAGACACAGAGACGUUUGAGACAACAUUUGGACCUAAGGCGCAGAGAAAGAGGCCAAACCUGUCUGUAGGAGAGCUGAAGGAGUUUGCUGAAAAGGCUGAGGUCUCGGCGCAGAGCUACAGUGCUGAGAAAGACCGCGAUUUGGUGACUGGGGACAGCGGAGUCAAGGAGGAGGCUCGGGAGGAGAUCUUCAAGAAGGGGCAGUCAAAACGGAUCUGGGGUGAGCUUUAUAAGGUGAUAGACUCUUCGGACGUUAUUAUCCAGGUGCUGGAUGCUCGGGACCCAAUGGGCACACGCUCACAAAGCAUUGAGUCUUACUUGAAGAAAGAGAAGCCUUGGAAACACCUCAUAUUUGUGCUAAAUAAGUGUGACCUCAUUCCCACAUGGGUUACGAAACAUUGGGUUGCAGUUCUUUCCCAGGAAUACCCUACUUUGGCCUUUCACGCAAGCCUUACCAACUCCUUCGGCAAGGGCUCACUUAUCCAGCUCCUGCGGCAGUUUGGCAAGCUCCAUUCCGACAAAAAACAGAUCAGUGUUGGUUUCAUUGGUUACCCCAACGUUGGAAAGAGCUCUAUUAUCAAUACCCUGCGCUCCAAAAAAGUCUGUAAUGUGGCACCCCUUGCUGGUGAAACUAAGGUUUGGCAGUACAUCACACUAAUGAGACGUAUUUUCCUCAUCGACUGUCCUGGCGUUGUUUACCCGUCUGACGACAGCGAGACUGACAUUGUGCUGAAGGGAGUGGUCCAAGUGGAGAAGAUCCGAAAUCCAGAGGAUCACAUUGGAGCAGUGCUGGAGAGAGCCAAAGCAGAGUACAUCCAGAAGACAUACCGCAUUCCCUCAUGGAGCUCUGCCGAGGAUUUCCUGGAAAAACUCGCCUUUCGCACCGGAAAACUGCUUAAGGGUGGAGAACCAGAUCUGCCUACUGUGUCUAAAAUGGUUCUGAAUGACUGGCAGAGGGGACGCAUCCCGUUUUUUGUGAAGCCUCCUGGCGGUGAGAUGGAUGAAGAGAACAAAGCCCAGGCCAUGCUGGAAAUGCCGGAGAUGGAAAGCGAGAUGGAUGAGUUGGAAAACAGACUUGAAGCUCAGGAUGUGGAAGAGGCCUCAUCAAGCCAGCAAGAAGAACAAAAGCUGCUGAAAAAGAAGAAAGAAGAGGUGCAGAAACUCUUCAAUGAUGUCAAGCAGAACUUUGGCAAAAUUAACGUCGCCCCAGAGUUCAGCGAGGAAGACCUUGUGCCUGUGGAGAUGCCGGACAUGAUGGAUGCUUCCGGCUCAGAAGAUGAGGAAAACGAGGAGGAGGAGGAGAAUGAGGAGCAAGUGGAAGAGGAGACUGAAAAACAACAGGAAGAAGAAUCCUCUGUUUCAGACUCAACACCCAAAGCAGGGAAAAAGAGCACACAGGAAGUGAACAAAGAGAUGGAUGAGAAGAUUGCUAAAUUGAAACAUUUUCUUGAUCGAGCCAAAUCAAAGCACUUCUCCGCCAUACGUAUUCCUAAAGGCCUCUCUGAAAGGGUGUUUACUGAAACCGUAGCAAAGCAGAACGCUGCAAAGAAUCAACAACAGAAAGCUGUAAAACAGGGUAAACGGAGGAGAGCUGUAGAAGAUGAGCCUGCACAGCCUGCCAAACUCACUUCUAAAGAGAAACGGAGAAUUGAGCGUUCCCAGAAAGUGAAGAAAGUGGGAGUCCGCUAUUAUGAGACGCACAACGUCAAGAACAAGAAUAAGAACAGAAAAAUUCCCUCAGAUAACAAGAAAGCCAAUCGAGCCAAGCGAUAAGAGCACAUUAUCAGAUACCCAGUCACAUCAAUCCCAGUUUCCAGAGUCCUGUUGGUGGCUGAUUCGGAAGAUCUGGAAUCACAGUGAUUUGUGUAAAGGUGCAGGUUUGGUUGAUCUGUGAUGCACUUUAAUCAUACUGUGAUGUCAACCAUCAUCCUGAACAUUACGACUGCACUCUGACAGCUAAUUCUCCUCAGCAUUGUGCAUUUUCAAAAGCUUUUAACUUAAGACAACUUCCUAAUUCAGCAGAUUUGAAAUGUGGAUCAUGUACUUGAGUGGCAUUUUGUCUGGUGAAAAAGCAACACAUUCUCAGAACGUAUAAAUCUUUUAUUUGUUAAA